AUGUCGUCUUACCUUAGUCAAGCGGACAAAAGUCGUGGUCUCUACAUUUUCCCAGCACCGCCAUACUCGUCGUCCCCUUCCGAUUUCGAGGUGACCGUCGAUCCGCGUGAUUCAGCAGCGUUAUAUCUUGAUAAUCCAGUCAGCAAAGUUCAGAAUGUCCGUGAUUUUACGGAGGACUUGUCCUAUUUCGAAGGGGUCCAAGGGACCGUCAGACUAUAUACUUUCGAAGCGUAUACGAAGCGCACAACGCCUCCCAAGGUCAUUACAAGUCUUGGCGUCGCCACAUAUCACAGGACGAAAAACAGAAAGUCACGUUCGACAUACCAGACAAAAAAUGGCGUGCUUGGUCUGCUUUUGAACGACUUUGGCCUCAGACUGGAACGACUCGACAAGAAGCUGGUGGAUCGAAUUGACGCUGUCCUCGAAGCGACAAUGUCUCAUGAAGGAUACAUAAAAGCGCGAGACUCGAGAAGAAUAAACGGAUUUCUGGGGGACAUCUGCCACGCUACGGGCAUUAUGAAUGAGUUGUCGUACAACUUCUUGUUGUUUGGUUCACCGUCCACAAUCGAACCUUGGGGGUUUACUUUCUACGGCCAUCACCUUUGUCUAAGUGUUUUCCUCUAUGAGACACAGAUCGCGAUUGCACCAACAUUCUACAGCGCGGAGCCAACUUACGUCGACGACGGGCCGUACAAGGGGACAAUGAUUAUGCAGCCCGAGCAACAGCUUGGGCUCCAAUGGAUGCGGUCUCUUAGUCAGCGGCAAAAGGACAUCGCGCAAGUGUACAGAGAUCUGGAAGACCCGAAAAUGCCUGCAGGCAGAAUCCACCCUGCUGAUGAGCGACAUCUAGGCGGCGCAUCCCAAGACAAUAGGAUCAUUCCUUACGAGGGCCUUUUGCUCGACUUCGAGCUGACUUCUCAGCUGAAGGAGAUAUUGAGGCAGAUUUUGGAUAAUUUCCACCUAUGGCUGCCUUAA